AUGAUAUCCGAGGAAGCCCUGCCCUCUGAUCAGCCUCGCCCACCGGGAGCCCUCGACUGCUUUGCCGGCCCAAAUGGCCCGGCCUUCCGACCAACAGGCAAAGCUGCCUGGCCUGUUUUGCCCCUUCCCAGAGGCAAGAACCCCGAGUACAGCGACGCCGCCAAAUCGCGCAUCAAGGCCUCCGCGACGUUCUCAGGAAAGAAGGACGAGUUCCAUUCCUUCAUCCUGAGCAUAAAGAACAAAUUUGACGAAGACGUGCGAACCUUCCGGACUGAGAACAGCCGGAUGGUCUAUGAUCAAGCCCUCGAGUCCGCCUAUGGCAAUCCGAAUGAGCUUUCCGAGGCUCUUGACCGCCUGCAACGCCUCCAGUUUACCGUGAAUGGGAAGACCGACAUUGUGGACUUCCUUGCGGAAUUUGACUACUUAACUGCGACCGGUCGUGUGCCCGAGGACCAGAUGAAGCAUACCUUGUGGCAGCACAUCCCGGCCAACCUAGAUAACAGCCUCUUGACCAAGACCCGUGACGAGUCCGUGACCUACGAGGUUUUCUGUGGGUUCAUUAAGGACGCUGUCCACUGCCAGAAGAGGAGUAUGAGGCAGACACAGGACUCCCGCUCUUCCGACCGAUCUCGCCGCGCGCCGACUAAGACUGCUCCGACUACCGCCAAGACUCCGAACAAGACCGGCUCGACCCUAUCACCUCGCGUGAUGCUGGCAGAAACCUUGACCGACGAUGAGAAAAGGGUCCAUUGGGAUAAUGGCACCUGCUUUAUUUGUGGAAAAACAGGGCACCUCUCUCGCGACUGUCCCGACCGCACCCAUGCUGUCUCCCGUGUCGCCUCCGUCCCUGUCCCUGCCAACGACUCUGAUCAAGAUUCGGGAAACGAAUAG